UGUCUUCGCCACUUCCUGGUUUAACGUAAAUCUUGAUAUUCGCGUGCUCGUGGAUUUUUUUAAUUAAAGUUAUAUGGCCUUUAUUUGCGAUGUAGUUUUUAAAACCCACGUUGUGCAUAUUUGCGAACUUCUUCAGUUAGAACUGUGAGAGGUAUAGCCGAACGGCGAGCCGUCUAUUCGCCGCCGUUUAAAUUUCCCGCUGCGCUGAGCGCCUUGGUCUGCAGCUCUUUACUCUGCCGGUCUGAUCUGUUUAUACAAAGCGGCUCUCCGCCGGUAAUCGCUCGCAAGAUCUCUGUCUCACCUCGCGUCUGGCAGACUGACAGAUUUUACUUACUGCAAAAUGCAGACGACGGAUAUAGGAAAUAAGGAGGACGGGAAAAUCUGGCAUCGAAAACCUGCACCUUCGCCAAGUAAUAACGGCGUGUCCCUUGUGUCCAUCUCCACGUGUGCCUGGUUGGUGACAGAGUGAUGGUGACCGUAAUCCGGAGUGCCACCGCUUACCAUUCGAAAACAGUGCGGUUCCUGCAGGUGGCGUUCGAUGCUACGGGAGAGGUCUUUCUGGCUGGUGAUCACCAUGGAAACAUCUAUGUUUUCGAUAUUGGGAGAAACAGGUUUAAACUCAUUCAAAAAACAGGACAGGCGUGCACAGCCAUGGCGUUUAAUUUGCGCAGGACGACAGAGUAUUUGGUGGCGCUGGCUGACUACUCCAUCAAGUGCUUUGAUAAAGACACGAGGCAGCUGGUGAGCUGGAUGAGGGGUCACGCCGGCGCCGUGUCCUCCGUCUCGGUGCACAGCUCCGGCCGCUACGCUAUCACCACCUCGGCCGACACGGCUCAGCUGUGGGACCUGGACACCUUCCAAAGGAAGCGGAAGCUGAACGUGCGGCAGGCCGUGGGCCUUCAGAAGGUUUUCUUCCUGCCUCGGAGUAACACCAUCCUUAGCUGUUUUAGUGAUGACACCAUCUUCGCCUGGGAGAGUGACACGCUGUACUGUAAAUACCAGCUGCCCACGCCAGGGGAGGGGCCCAAGAUGGGCUAUAGAGCAUUUGCGGUCACACGGGAUGGGCGGAUUCUAGCGACUGGUGGCCGCUCCAGCCUUCUCCACCUGUGGUGUCUGGAGAGCCAGCAGCUCCUCAGGGCCGUUCAGAUGCCCGCCCAGGUCAGGACCGUGCGGCAGCUGGAGUUCCUGCCUGACAGCUUCGACGGUGGUUCCAGCCAGGUGCUGGGAGUUUUGAGUCAAGAGGGCAUCAUGCGGUUCAUCAGCAUCCAUAGCUGCAAGCUCCUCUUUGAAGUGUGUCGCCAUGACGACGGCAUCACCUCCGCAUCCAUCAGCCCCAGUGGCCGCCACCUCGUGGCCGUCAUGGAGAGCGGGGCGCUGAACAUUUACAGCAUCCAGGCCCUGACUCGGGACAUCAGUAGGCCCCCAGCCCCCCUGGUGAAAGUGGUGACCACCCCAGGCCAGGCAGACGACUCCAACAUGACGGCGCGGGUCCCAAGCAGGUCCGUCUUGCGGCCCACCAGAACAUCCGGACACAAGGUCCAGGAUCGGGCCUCAAGGCCUCCAGCCUCCUCCCUACCAGAGCACAAAGAGAAUGAAAUGCCAGACCCACUGAAUAAGAAGAGAGUCCGGGCUUUGCUGAAGACAUUCGGGGAAUACCCUGCCAGAUACAGGAUGUUCAUCUGGCGCUCCCUCCUGCAUCUGCCAGAGAACUGCUCGGCCUUCGGCAGCCUGACGGACAAAGGGCAGCACUCGGCUUUCCUGACCCUGCAGGAGCACUACCCCGUGAAGAGUGCCAGGCUGCAGCGCGGCCUGCAGAGGGUCCUCUCUGCCCUCGCCCACUGGUCGGCCAUCUUUGGGGAGACCGAAUACCUUCCCCUGCUGGCUUUUCCCUUCGUGAAACUGUUCCAGAACAAUCCCCUGGUCUGCUUCGAGGUGAUCGCCACAGUCAUAGUGAACUGGUGCCAGCACUGGUUUGAGUACUUCCCCAACCCUCCUCUGAACGUCCUCAGCAUGGUGGAGAACGUCCUGGCUCAUCACGACAAGGAGCUACUCCAGCAUCUGGUCCACUGUGGUGUCACGUCUCAGCUGUACGCUUGGCCCCUCCUGGAAACUCUCUUCUCGGAGGUGUUGACGCGGGAUGAGUGGCUGAUGCUGUUCGAUAACGUUUUCUCCAACCACCCUGCCUUCUUGCUGCUUGCCGUGGCGUCGUACGUGACUUGCAGCCGCGCUCCGCUGCUGCUCUGCACCCGCAGGGAAGACUUCCAGUAUUUCUUCCAUCACCGAAACAACCUGGACAUGAGUGCCGUGAUCAGGGAGGCCUACCACCUGAUGGAGAGCACCCCUGAGGAGAUCCAUCCCCAAAACCUGCUGGCUGACUUCGAACCCCUGACCCAGGGCCAAUACCCCAUCUUCAACAAGUACCCUGCUUUUGUUGUGGAGUACCGGUCACAGGAACGUGAGAGGAUACGUCAGCAAGAGCUGGAGUACCUGAGAGAAAGGCAAGCUCUGCAGGAGCUGAGGGCGGAGGCAGUACGGAGGCGGGCGGAGGACGAGGCGUGGCACACGCAGCAGGAGCUGCUCCGAGAGGAGGAGGAGAGACGUAGGAGGACGCUACGCGGGGAGGAAGAGCGGCUGGCCGAGCAGCGCCGCAGGUUGGCCGCCAUGAAGCGGGAGCUGAAGGCGAAGGAGCUCCAUCUGCUGGACGCGGCCAGGAGGCGCUUCCUCCAUCAGCAGCAGGAGCAGAAGAGGGCGGAGCUGCGGAGGCUGGACGAGGAGAUCGAGAGGAAGGCGUCCCUGAGGGUGCAGGAGACCGCGGCUGCGGUGCAGGAUGUCGAAGUGCGUCAGAUGGAGCUGCAGGCCCAGAGGAGGCUCUUAGAGCAGCAAUUGGCCAAAGAGCAGGAGAGAGUGACGCAGGAGGUGAGGGCAGAGGCGGUUGCUUGGCAACGCCACGCGGAGGAGGAAGACCAGUCCGCCUACCAGCGGAUGCUGGAGGGGGACCCCAACUGCGGCCUGGGCAUCAGGAAGGUGCUGGAGGAGUCCCUGGCAGAGGCAGAGCAGCUGCAGGCGGAGGCAGAGCUGAGGGCGGAGGUGCUGGGGCGCCUGGAGCAGGUCAAUGGAGAGCGGGGGAGGGACCGGCACUGGUUGGCCGCUAGGAGUGCAGAGGCCGACGCGUCAGAAGAGCAGCUGAUUGAGGCCAUGAAGAAGAUGGAGAGCAGAAAGUGGGAGGAAGUAGAGAGGAGGACUCAGCAGGAGGAUGAGGCCCAGGCUGCGAGCGCGGCUGAGGCUCGGAGGGGGAAGCUGGGAAUGCAGACCCAGAGGGAGCGACAGUGUGGGGGUCAGGGCCAGUCACUCGAUGCAUGCUGGUCUCCCUGCUCACCCAGACGACACGAAGCAGCCUCCCAGCGACAGGCGCCCGAUGCCAUCCGCCUCAGUGACUGGUCCUCCACAGACGAGUCUGUGCCUUGUGAGUCUGUGCCUUUCUCUCUCGACAGGUGCCGGGCCGAGCUGGAUUUCAGGGAGCGGGAGUUGAUGCAGGAUGUGCAAGAGCUGCGCCGAAAGCUGGCCGCCCGCGCCAGAGCAGAUGCAGGAACCCCAUCCCUGUGAAGGCGGCCCAGAGCUCUCAGACCACCGGGAGCCCCGUCCCUGUGAAGGCGGCCCAGAGCUCUCAGACCACCGGGAGCCCCGUCCCUGUGAAGGCGGCCCAGAGCUCUCAGACCACCGGGAGCCCCGUCCCUGUGAAGGCGGCCCAGAGCUCUCAGACCACCGGGAGCCCCGUCCCUGUGAAGGUGGCCCAGAGCUCUGAGACCACCGGGAGCCCCGUCCCUGUGAAGGCGGCCCAGAGAUCACAGACCACCAGUCAUUUUAAAGCACCAGCCGUGUGACAUUCACUUUUAUCCACAGGUCCUGGUAUUAUCUUGUGAUCACACUCGUGUACUUAUAAAUAGAUUUUGACCCUCAGUAAUUCAUUGAUUAACCAUUCCUUUAAUGACCCACCCGUCUCAAAGACGUUUACCCAGGCGCAAGACUGAUUUAAGGAUCUAUGUGCUGGAUACUUAAAAAGCAGCCCGAAGCUGCCAUUCCCGUGAUCUUGCAUUAACACUUCUCUGUGAUAUCAAGUAACAGACCUGCAUCUUGUGUUGAAUUGUACAGAAAACGUCGUAUGCACUAUUUUUAUAUAUGUAUUUGUAUAAUAGCAUUUUUCUGCCUGGUAGUCAAAUAAACACUUUGCCUCAGUCCUGAA